AUGUAUUCCCAACAGGUUCGCUACAAUGUUUCUACAAACCGUACUCCGCCAUAUUUCGAAAUACGUGGAUUGCCGCCGGGCGUGAGUUACAGGAUCGACCUGUAUGCGGUCAAUGCCAAGGGUCGGAGCGAAGUGUCCACUAUCGAAACCGUUACUCUUAGAGGACAAGCCAAAUAUACUGGUGAGAGCAAUACGUUGGGAAUGUCCCCCGUGCUAGCGUCUAUAGCUGCAAUGUCAGCUUUAUUGGCGACUGCUGUGUGCGGCAUUUUAGGCGUGCUGUAUCGCCGUCACGCGAACCGACAUCGGCAGCUGCCCGCGAAGCACGCCCCACUAAGUGAAGCGAUGUAUGCGGACCGUACUGGACACUGUCCAACGCCCGUAAAGCAAGAAAUCGCUCCUCAUUCUAGUCCUAGCGAGGCAAGAGGACCACUUCUUCGGUCUCCGGAUUCGCGUGAGGCUGACGAUGCUGACCCAGAUAUCAUACCAAGUCUUUAUGAGCGGAGACCUGUGUCCAACGGUUAUAUGAGUCUCCAACGCCCGCCAUCCACCAGCAAAAUAAGUAAACCGAACGAAGACGUGCGUUCCGAGCCAGACGGGGGCGGGUUUUACUCCGAGCUGCGGAAAAAAGAUUAUAAGAUACCUUUAACUAGUUCUUACCAUAGCUUAGGGCGUGCGAAUAAAGGCGUGAAUGCAUGUAGUCCGAGUGGCAGCACCGCGGUGACGUCAUCACUGACAGCGCACCGUUUGCGGCCUGAAGUCGUCACCACGUCUCACCGCGUGCAGGAGAGUUGUAUAUAA